AAAAGUGAUAAUAAAAUUUGGAAGAAGAAGGAACAAAUCUCAUCUUUACUUUUGGAGGCUGAUGUGGUUGAUCUGGAAUUGGAAAUCGCCCAGAAAAGGGGAAGACAUGAUGUUCAUCAAAUAGCAAGACGAGGAUAUAAAAAAUAUUCAGACAUAGAAUUUGGUCUAGAGGAGAGGGUGCAGAAGAAGAUCAAACCAAAUGAAAAUAAUGAAGAGGAGGAACCCAUUUCAAGUGAUGUCUCACUUGAUUUGCAGUCUCAGGCUCAACAACGAACUCCUGAACGCCAGUUCAGUCCAUUAACUGUGCCUGAGAUUGCCAAUGAUGAACCUCAGCCGAUCUGUUGGGAGUUCGAUGAACCAAUGCCAACCUGGCUAGAGAAAGUAGUAAGACGACAAGAGUUUUUGACCUCACAAACGGAUCCGUCUGACAGAUAUGAAUCGUCACUAAAGUAUUUUUUUUUUGCUAUUUGA